UCCUAUGACGCAUGCAAUGGCAUGGAAACAUGUGUGAGGUAUUUAAUGAUUGUAUUCUGCUAUUUAGUUCGCGAUAAUUCAGACCACAAUUCCAAAAGCUUUAUUCUUCAGACGACGGAGAAGGGGAAAAAAACAUAAAAAUUUCAUCUUGGGGGAUUUGGAGAAGACAAUGAGUGGGUCUUCGUCUGUGUUUAGGGCCGCCUUCCAGGGGCUCUCGUAUCCCUCAGUUUUUCACAAUCGGUCGUCAUCGUCGACAAUUUAUCCAGCAAAUCAUGACAAUCCGAAGCUCGACGCCUUCGAGAGCCAUGUCUGUGAGGAAUUACGGCGGCUGGAGGAGUGCGGAAACUAUCUGAGCGCUGAUUGGCUCCGGCAGGCUCUGGAUGUUUGUCUUUAUGUGCAUUCCAUGGUCGAAGAAAAUUUCCCCCAUAUUGGGAAAAAUUCUAAGUGGGUGAAUGAGCAUCUAGAAGACAUGGUGAAGCUUCUAGACAUAUGCAAUGCGCUGCGUGAGAGCAUGAGCGACAUAAAGCAGUACAAGGUGGAGCUUCAGCUGAUCGUUCAUGGCUUCCAGGGAUGCGGACCCAUCGGGGCAAGGCAGCUUCUUAGGGCUCGCACAGCGCUGGGAAACUUCAAUGAUCCUUCGGCCAAGGCGAAGGAAGCUUCUGAGGGCAAAUCUCGGCUGGAGAAUUGCAGUUCCAUGUUGCGGCGCAUGGGAGAAAGACUGGUGGCGCCGCCUUCUGACGCCGCCACAGCUAGCGGCGGCGCCGCCUUUUUGGAACCAAUCUAUGCCUCCAAGGCCCUCAUGGUCUUCGUCUGCGGCGUUCUGGUCGCCGCCAUUUCGACGAAAUCCAAGCGCCACCUGCCGCAGCUCUGCGCUGGGCAAACCGCUUGGGCCUGUUCUCUUCAAACCCUCCAUCACAAAGUCAAGGAAGAAAUCGAAAAGGGCCGAAACAAGGGCACAACCUGCACACUCCUUUAUGAGCUGAAAGCCGUCGAUUCAUCUUCCCGUUCUUUGUAUGAUCUGGUAAAUAAGCUCAUAAAUAGUAAGUCCGUCCCGCCUAAUGAAAGCCAGGCGCUGGAAUUGAGGCAAUCUGUGCAGUCUCUAAGGAAUUGCAUUUCAGAAUUGGAAAGCGGCACGGCUCCUUUUGAAAGACAGAUCAGUGAGAUCUUCAGAGUUCUGGUUAGCGGCAGGAUGGCUCUCCUGGAUGUUCUCAGCUAUUCGUAGCGUGGCAAACGUGGGGUUCUAGUAAUAUCAAAUCCUGCGGCGACCCUGCUGACCGUUACUGUUCUGGCGGCUAUGUUUAGAUCCCUGCGCAGUUGCCAUGACUCGCUGGCUUCUCUCAAUUUUGGAUGCGCGACGUGAAUACGUUGUAAGAGAAAAAAGAAAAUCAAUAGAGGAUUUUCCGUUUACUGUAUAGUAUUAUUGGGUUUGCCAAUAUUUAUGUUCAUUAUCAAGAACUGUAUAAUAUUAUUGACUUUCAUCAUACUGCAAUUAAUUUUGGGUGAGUCUUGGAUUCA